AUUUCCACAAUAUAUGUAUAUAAUGGAAGCUUCAAUUUUUACUUUAUCAAUAUUAAAUUGAAAUUCUAAUUUUAAAUGAAGAAAGAUUAGAAAAAAUGGAUAUUCGGAAUAGAAUUGUAUACAUUUUAAAUUUUUGCUGUAAAUGGUCUAAUAGUAAUGAGAACUUCCGUAAUGUGGCAGCACAUACGCGCUUAAGAUGUCUAAUUGCUUCCGGUUAUAAAGGGAGUAAUGUAGACUUUGCAAUUUGAGGUAUAAGAUUGUAAUUUUCCUAGUAUUUUUAUGUAAUUAUUAGUAAAAGUCAUUGUAAAUAUUGUAAAGUUAGUUAAACAUAGACAUGAAUGUAUUUGAUCUUGAUUACAUACAGAUGUGAGUGAUAAAAACACCGUAAUAAAAUAUGUGCACGAAAAGUUACGAAUACGUGUUUCCAUCUUGACAAUUUCAGAAAUAUAAAUAAAGGUAAAUACAGUUUGGAAAGCAAAUACUUUGUAUUCGUACAAAAAUACAAUUUUAUUUAUCACAUUAGUAAAAAUUGAUUUUUGACUUCAUAUAAUCUUUAAUUUUUAAUAUCCAAAAUUUUUAGAAUAUAUGUGUUUUUUUCUCUUGUGAUAUAAAUUAUAUCAUUUAAUUUCAUAUUUAAAGUUAUUUGCGUAGUUUUAUUUAUUAUUCAUCAUGUUUAUUACUCAUCACUUUUUUAUUUUAUAAUUUAUGUAAAAUUCUUAAUUAAAAAUUUUAAUUGAAAAUUUUUUAGGUUAUCUUCUUCAAUCAUUCAUUUAUCAGGUAGCAUAUGUUAUAUUAUUAUUAGGCAUCCAGAAAAGUUUUUGCAGAUUUUUGUUAAUCAUAAUUUUAGGAAUGUUUUUGAUUGACAAUUUUUUUGGAAGCGGGAAAAACAAUUAUUGCUAAUGUCUAUUAUGAUAAGUUAAAAACAGUUUUGGAGAAAUUAUGGAAAAAACAGCCAGUAUUAGUAAACAGGAAAAAAGUUUUGUUUCUUUAGGGUAACAUUUGACCACAUGUGGCAAAGAUGAUUUGUGAUGAGAUGGUGAAACUUAAAUGGAAGAUUAUGUUUCAUCGACUAUAUUUGUCACAUGUUUUAUCAAUAGAUUUUCAGUUGUAUCUGAGUCUAAGUAACCAUAUGAGGAACAAGCAGUUCACUAAUGAAAAUGAUCUGAAAGAAAAAAUUAUGAUUUUUUUGUGGCAAAAUAAAAGAUUUUUUUAUAAAAAUGGUAUUAAUUGUUGGGAGAGAUUUAAAAAAUGUGAAGAUAUAUAUUUUGAUAAAUUCAUGUUUUUCAUAUGAAAAAGCAGCAAGAAUUUUUCUGGAUAUCUAAUUUAGAAUUCUGUUUCUUAAAUCUUUGUAUAGAUUUAGUAUAGCAUACAAUCUUUGAGGUCUAUUUUACUAUUAUUUUUUAUCAUAUGAAAUAAAUAUAUAAAUAUUGUGUCUAUUUGUUGAAUUUGCUAUAAUAUUCUUAUAUUGAAACUGUGUAAAUUUUAAACACAUAAAAAUAAAUUUAUAUAAGAUAGUUUUCUAUUAAAUAUAAAUUUCAUGUUGUAUUUAAUAUUUAAUAUUUAAAAUUAAUGUAUAUUAUACAUAAAUAUUUACUGUUUGUGUACAAUAUAGAAGUCUGAUUAUAAUAUUAGUAUUUUCUUUAUUUGAUAGUUUAUAUAAGAUGUCAUUGGAAAAGUUACUACUUAAAUGCUGUGUUGUAAGCAUUAAAUAUGCUACAAGGUAAGCCGUGUGUAUUCUGACAUUCAGCGUCUAUACACAUAGAUAAUACAAUUAGUUUACCCCAGUUGAGCUUUAAUCCAAUUAGUAUAUGAAAAUGAGAGCAGUGGGUGACACACUGUCUGAUAGAAACUUUCACUGCCAUUGACUUCAUAAUUUCUUACUUACAAGAGUUUAAGUUUAUCUUAUAUAAAUUAUAAUGAAGUGGUUUUUAUUGUUAUUAAUUCUGCAGUUCACAAUGUGGGGUGCAUCAGAAGAACCACCAGAAAUAAUGGAGGAAGAGGUACUUGAGCCUGUGGCACAUGCAAAAGAAAAGUGUGAACAAAAUAAAAGUCAAUUGGAAACUCUUAAAGAAAUUAUGUUGAAAAAUAAACAAAGUUUAAAAAAAAAAGAAGAAGAAGUUCAGGAGUAUGCAAGAAGACUUUCCAAAAUUAAAUCUAGAGCUAAAUUAUCACGACGAAAUAGAGAAGGAAAUCUGACUUCCAAAGAUGUAACCUAUACAUCUGAAACAUCUUUGGCAAAUACAUCUGAUCAAAGUAUUGAUGACAUUAGUCAAGCAAAAACUGUAAAAGCAAAAUCUACUUUACUCCAAAAGAAACUGGCAGAAAAUAGAAAAGCCUUUGAACAGCGUAACAAAGAAAUAAUAGAAACUAAACGUGCAGUUGAAGAAAAAGUAGAAGCUAUUAGACAGCAAUUAGAAGAAAAGGAUGUGACAGUAAUGGGUUUUCCAAAGGAUCAAUUAUCUAUUACUCCUGUUAAACCAGUGAUGAUUACUUCUGAUAUCAUGUCACCAAUACAAAUUGAAAGUAUUCAAGAAAAGGAAAACAAAAUUACAGAACUUAAUAGUAAAAUUUUGGAACUUGAAGCCGUAAUUAUGGAUCUUCAAGAAAAUUUAAAAGAAAAAGAUUCUGUGAUUGAAUCUAAAACGAAGGCAGUUACCCUUAUGUCUGCAGAUCUUUCAAAAAAGGGUAAAACGACAUUAGAUACUCUCGAAGAUACGAAAGACGAAAUGAGAACGAUGCAGGAACAUUUUGUGCUUUUAGAGAUGUCCCUGAAAAAUAAAAAUGAAAAUCUUUUAAUACAAUUGCAAGAAAGGGAUAGUAAAAUUGCAGAAUUAGAGGAUUCAAUUGAUGGAUUUAAGAAACAAAUUAACGAGCAAAAAUUGUCUGAGUCAGCAAGUGCUGAUUUCUCUCGUUCUACAAUGGACGCUUUGGUAGAAAGUAAAGAAGUUAUGAAAUCAAUGCAAGAAAAUUUUGUACUUAUAGAAUCUUCCCUUAAAGCAAAAAACGAAAAUUUAUUACAACAGUUAAAAGAUUACGAGUUAAAAUUAGCCGAAGCUAAUGAACGAAUAUUUAAAUUGGAAUCUGGUAUUGGAAUAGUCAGAGAUCCAACUGUUGGUGAUUUGCAGUUUAAAUUGGAAAAAUUGGAACAUAAUAAUAAGCAGUUGCAAGAUGAAAAAUAUGAAUUACAGAAAAAUGUUGCAGAAUUGCAAGAUAAAAUUGUAAAUAUAUCUAUGCAUGGUAAUGGUGCAAUAAUAGAAAAAGAUAAUAGAAUAGUUGAACUUGAAAAUUUAGUAGAAGAAUUAAAACAAUCUAAUAAGCUUCUUGAAGAAGAAUCUAAAGCAGAAUUGCAAAAUCAAGUGGCAGAUUUAACACUAAAAAAUGAAGAAUAUUUGAAUAAAAUAACCGAUCUUGAAAAUUUGGUACAUAAACUUGAAGAACAAAAAAAUGAAAUUAUGGCAAAAUUACCAGAAGAAAAUACUAUUAAAGAAGAUGAAAAAAUGAUAAAACUUACCAAGGAAUUAGAAGAAUUAAAUAAGAGUAUGAUCAAAAUUAAAGCACAGCAUAAAAGUAAAAUAAAAAGUCUACAAAAACAGUUGGAGAAUUUUAAAAAGAUGUCUGAUACAAAUGCGGAGCUUGUCAAAUUGGGGAAUCAAGUGGCUUUAUUAGAGGAGGAGAAAGGUAACCUUCAGCUGAGUCUGGUAGACUUUGACGAGCUUAAAGCCUCAGCAGGAGAUUGGCAAGAACGUGUUGUUGAUCUUGAAAGUAAAGUUUCUGCUCAAGCGAAAGAAAUUGAAAUGCAAAUUGAAGCUAUUGCUACUCUAGAGAAUCAAAAAUUGGAUUUUAUGCAAGAACUCCAUAUGGCAAAGCGAGAAAUUUCGUCCUUAGAGGCAGAAAAUGCAGAAUCUGAAAAUCUUAGAGUGACUGCAGAAAUGAAAGUGGUUGAUCUUGAAGAACAGUUAGAAGCUCUGCAUAGGUUACAAAACGAAAAUAAAUCAGAAUCUUCAUCAGAGACUAAUCAUACAGAAUUGAUUAAACAAGUAGAAACUUUAACACAAGAAAAUGCUGAGUUAUAUAACAGAAUAUCAAAAUUCGAGGAAAAAGGAACAUCUGAUACUGGAUCUACUGAGUCAUUUGAAGCUAUACAAGAAUUAGAUAAAACUGAUUUGUUGAAAAAGAUUGAAGAUUUGACACAGAAAAAUAAUGAAUUAACUCUUAAAUUAAAUAAACUUCAACAAAAAGAAAAUUUUUAUGCCGAAUCUACGGAAUCUAUAAAUGAUACAGAUAAAAAUGAAUUAUUGAAGAAAAUUGAUCAGUUAACCCAAGAAAAUACUGAUUUAACAGUUAAGUUAAGCAGAAUGGAAGAAAAAGGAUCUUCUGAUACAGGUUCAACAGAAUCUUUUGAACGAAUUCCAGAACAUAAUGAGAAUAUGACAAAAAUUGAACUUCUUACACAAGAAAAUAGUGAACUUGUAAUUAAACUUACAAAACUUGAGGAACAAUUAGGGCACAUAGAAUCUAAAUCAGAUAUUGAUUUAAAAUCAAAAAUUGAUGUCUUGUUGCAAGAAAAUGAUAAUCAGUCUGUAGAAUUAUCGAAACUCAGAAUUCAAGUUACAGAUCUUAUUGAAGAGAAUAGUAAAUUACAAAAACAAAUUGAAAUAUUUUCUACAAAUAAUAGUGAUUUAGCAAUUCAGUCUGCUAAAUUAGAGAAUCAAAUUGAAAAUAAACAAUCCGAAACUUCCGAAAUAUUAAAAAGAGAAGUUGAUUUCAAAGCGCAAAUUGAUAUGUUAAUUGAAGAAAAAGAUCUUUUACAAAAAGAGGUGAAAGAAUUACGUACUUCAUUAGAACAGUGGCAUGAAACGUCUCAGGACCUUCAAAUCAAUGAUUUGAGAAUUAAGAUAGAAGAAUUAUUAAAAGAAAACAAAGAAGUGGUAACGAAAGUGUCAGAACUUAAACAUUCCAAUCAGAAGUUAAAAGAAAAUUUAACUGAAGUGAUGCAGGAAAAAGAAGAAUUAUAUUUGAAAAUGAAUCAAAUGUUGCAAGAUAAAUCUGAUAAUGAAAAGUUAGAACUUAUUGAAAAAUCGGAGAAACCGAAUCAAGAAAAGAAGAAUAAAGAAGUUGCUCAGAAUAAAGAAAUUAAGGAUAAGCAAAUUGGCAUUGUUUCACAAUCUGAUCAAGAAGUAUUUGAAAUACCACAAUCAGAUGAUUCUCUAUCUCAGCAAACUGAAUCCAUGAUUAUCGCUUCUUUGAAACAUGAGAUAGAGGAAUGCAAAACCUUAAUUUCAGAACAAGCAGACAUAAUUAAAGAAAUGAAAAAAGAACUUGCAAACAAAGAAGAGGAAUUGAAAGGAAAGGAUAAACAAAUUGUAGAAUAUGAGAAUUCUGGAAAGAAAGUAGAGAGUUUGGAAAAGGAAUUAAAAGAAAUGUUCAGUAUUCUAGAAGAAUGGAAAUACAAAUCUAAUAAAUUUCAAGAAAAAGUGCAAAAAUUGGAGGCACAAAAAAUUUUCAUUGAAGACAGAUUAGAAAUUUUGCAAAAUGAAAAUAAAAUGUUGCUACAUGAAAAAGAAAAUGAAGAUGCAGAAAUUAUUUUACUGAAACAACAAUUGCAGAAUACAACAACGACAUUUGAAUUGAAACUUCAGGAACAGCUUGCAGCCAUUUCUGAAAAGGAUAAUGAAAUUACUCAUUUUAAAGAAAUCAUCGAGGAUAAAAAUCAAGAAUUACAAACUAAAUAUACGGAACUUCAAAAUAAAAUGAUUACUAUUGAUAGUUUACAGGAUGAAUUUAAUAACUGUAAAAUAUUAAUUCAAGAUAAAGAUUCUUUACUAACAUCGAUGUCCAAUGAAGUAGCAAAUCUUAAUAAUCUAGUGAAAAGUAAAGAAGAAGAAAUACAUACUUUGAGGAAAGACAUUGUUGAAUUAAAUGAUAAAGUAAAGGAAUCAAAGCCUGUAAAAGAUUAUAAUACUUUAAUAGACCAAUUAAAAGAUAAGAAUAUGAUUCUUGAUGAACUAGAAUGUAGGAUCAGUGCAACUACUAAAGAAAAUAGCAAUCUAUUAGAAAAAGUGAAAAAUCUAUCUCAACAAAAUAACGAUAUUCAAAAUCAGUUAAUCGAGAAACAACGAGAAUUUGUUGACUUACUAACAAUGAAAGAUCAUCUAGAAGCACAAAUUGUGGAGUCUAAAAAUGAAAAAAGUGAAGUUGAAAAGCAAAUUUGGGAAUUACAGAGCAUUAUAGACAACAAUUCAAAAUUUGUCAAUGAUUUGCAAGCAGAAUUAAAGAAUACUUAUAAACAGAUAGAACAUUUGAAAGUUAAGCAUACUGAAGAUAUACAUCUACAAAAUCAAAGACUUGAAAAUGUAAUUGAAGAAUUGAAUGCUAAGAUGCAAGAAUGUGAAAUCUUGAAGGGUAAUUUGGAAGAGAAAGAAAGACUAGUUGGUUACAAUAUAACUGAAGAAACUAAAGUUGCUUUAGAAACUAAAGUUGCUGAUUUGGAGCAAAAGUUGAAGGACUCUGAUGACAAGAUACAAAUGCAGCUAGAAAAGAUGAAAAAGAUUGCUGCUAACCUAAAAAAGAAGACGGCUAUGUGUCAAGAGCUUGAGAGUAGAGUUACCGAGCUCGAAGAAAAGUGGACAACUGAAAAAGAUGAAAAAGAAGCUAAAAACAAGCAAAUUCAAGAUGUGGAGAUUGCAAUACGUGAAAAAGAUAAUAGAAUAGCUGAUUUAGAAGAAAAAUUAAUGCAAGCUAGAAACGAAUCUACAGAAGCCUCUAAGAAUAUUGAAAGAUUAACGCAUGAUUUGGCUAAUUUAAAGGAAAUACCUCUACUUAUGCAACAAAUUACAGAAAUGGAAAAGGAAAUUGUAAAAUUACGUCAAGAUAUUGAAUUUUCUACAGUUGAACUCACAACAGAAAGAGAAAGCAAACAGAAUAUAAUCUCGGAAUAUGAAUCUUAUAAACAGCAGGUUGUUCAAGAAAAUGAACAUAAACAAUCUGAGCUAGAUGAUAUGAAGGAGAAAGCUAGAGAACUUAGUGUACGAAUGCAAGUUAUGGAAACAGAAUAUGUUGAACAGCUUACAUUAAUUAAUGAUCUUAAGGCUGAGAAUGGCUUAUUGUUAUCAAAACAGGCGCAUAUUAAUGAAAAAUUAGAGACUGUCGAAAAAGAAUCAGAAAAACGAAAAUUGUUGAUCGAGCAGCUAGAGAAAACAGUUGUUAACACGUCUACGGAAACCACACAAACUGUAGAGGAAGACACUAUUGAAGAUGAUGCAAAAAUGACUGGAGCACAUCAUUGCAAUCAUUGUGAACAAUUUCAGACUUUGGUGCAAGCAUUGGAAGCAAAAUUACAAGAACGGGAAGCUGAAAUUGAGAAUUUGGAUAACGAAUUAGCUAAUUCUAUUGGUAACUUCGUUCAGAUGAGAGAAUCUCUUAGGUACAACGAUUUGAUGAACCAAACUAGCAUGAGAAACAAGUCAUUAGAGGAUUCAUACAAUGAUCUUUUGUUCCAAUAUAAUUCAUUAAUAACAAAUUACGAAGAAGUAAAAGUAAAAUCAGAAGAAACAUUGAAGGAAAAUAAGAAAUUGAUAGCAAAGAUUGAGGAGCUGCAAUCUACAAAUACUACUGUGGAAGAAAAGAUAAUUACAAUGGAGCAAACGUUAGAAGUUAAUAAGCAAAAAACCGAAUGCACUGAUUUAUUAAAUUCUGAUUUAACAAAAAAAUGUCAAUUACAAGAAAUAGAACUAUCAAACAUACAACAGGAAAUGCAAAUUGUUCAGAAACGCGCUAAUCAACUAGAACAACAAUUGACAUUUCAGAUAGAUUCUUUUAAAUCCAUGGAAGCACAGAAAGCCAUCAUAGAAAAAUCGUUGCAAGAUACUAAACACAGCUUGGAACAAAAAAUUGAGACUCUUAAAGUUGACAAAGAAUCCAGUGAAAAAAGAAUAGGGGAAUUACAAAUGGAAUUAGAGGCAUAUAGAAAUCAGAGUAAAGAAUUUAUGGAGAAAUCAAAGGAAGAGACACCCAUUUUUGAUAAUGCUCCCCAAUUAUUCGAUGCUUCUAAAAUUUUUGGUAUGUCAUCUACUACUGAUUCUGAUCUUUUGACUGACAAAGAAGUGAAAAGAUUGCAAACUUUAUUAAAUGAAAAGGAAACACAGUGUUCUAAUUUGACUCAAGAGAUUAAUCAUUUGCAGAAAAUGAUGAUUGAAGAAAGAACACAAAUAUCUCAGAAUUACAGCCAAUGUGUUGAAAAAUUAGAAAUUUCGCAAAAGCAAUUGCAUGCAACAGAAACAAAUAUACAGGAACUGGAACAAGUAUUGAUUGAAAAAGAAAAACAGAUCGAUUCAUUGAAUGCAGAGUUGCGCAAUCUUAGCAUGCAAGUAAUGGAACAGCAAAAUGAUAUAGAUAAUAAAUUCAAAGAAUCAUUGUUAGCUAAAGACAAUCAAAUAGAGGAACUAAACACGAAUUUGAUUUCCAUGAGAGAAAUAUUAGAAAAAGGGAUUACAGAACGAAACCAACAAAAUACCCUUUUAGAGUCAUAUAAGUUACAGAUAAAUAAUUUAGAAGCAGAAUUGAAAAAUUUGACUGAUUUUGAAGUGAUACAAGAAUUGGAAAAUCAUGUUUCAAUUCUUACUAAGGAGCGUGACUUGCUACAAUUACAAGUGAAUGACUUGUCUAGAUCUAUGGAGGAAUUGAAGGAUUCCAUGAAUGUUGAACGAAACUUAGAAAUGGAAAUUGAGAAAACUGUACAUGAAAGGGACGAAGCCAGAGAAUUAGUUGCAAAUCUUACACGAACUUUAGAAGAUGCUCAUAAACAGUCUGAUAAAACGCUUGCUAUUACAGAUACGUCAACAAAAGAACCUAUUCCAUUAGAAAAAAAUUCUGUUACACAACAAAUAGAAUCAGAAAUUACAACGGAGGGAAUUCAGCAGGAAGUUUUAUUGGAUAUGGAAGCUACAUGGGAUGCAGGAUCAAUUGAAAAACUUGAUGAGGAAACCUGGGAAUGGAAUGCGGAAGAUGCUCAGUUAGUUAGUGAACAUCUCACCACGACAUUAAUUCCCAGUAUGGAAAUGCAGUUACAAGCUAAAGUAGAUGAUCUUCAGGAUCAGAUCAAAGAUUUUGAGAAGGAAAAGGAGAAAAUAAUAGAAGAAAGUAAAGCAACUCAAUUGAGGAACACGAAGAUGAUAAAGAAAUUGAAGGAGUACAAAGUACAGAUAGACAGUCUUCAACAACAACUAAAAAUACAGAAAUCAGCAAGUGAUUUUUACGAAUUGGACUCUGCAAUAGAAGAGGAAUUGAAAUCUCAGAUCAGUAAAUUGGAAAAGGCCUUAAAUGAGAUUAAAGAGGAACAUAAAAAUACUGUUGUUGAGAAAGAAGCUUUAAUGAAACGUUUAGAUGUUGUAGUCUCUGCGAAUGAAAGAUAUAUGGAAAUGAAGGAAAGACAGGAUAUGGAUAUGGAGGUAUUGCGUAUUCGAAAUAAGGAAUUGUCUGAUAAAGUCGAUGCUCUUGACAAAAAAUUACAGAAAAGUGCAAUUAAUUUGGAUAAAAAUGACAUUUCUCAAAAUGAAAGCAUUGUUUCUUCCAACAAAGAAGCUAUACAGUCAGUUAUACAGGAACAUUCUCGAGAGAAACGAUCUCUUCAAGAAAUAGAUUAUGAAACUUUGUCUAAAAACUAUAAAGACGAGAUCGACGAUCUUAAAGAUGAAAUAGAGGCGCUUGCGACUGAGAAUGAGCAACUUCAACAUUUCUUGGCAGAACAAAAGAAGAAAUUAUUUACUUUAGAAUCAAAACGAACUGCGGAAGAAAAUGAAUCUAUCCAAAUUGUUGACGAUUUAAAUAAAAGAAUUUCGGAGUUACAGGGAAUGUUAAGUAAAUCUAGAGAAGAAUACGAUUUAUUGAGGAAGCAGUAUGAACAGAGUUUAAUGGAUGCCAAUGAUCAAGUCACAGCCAUGAGACAAAAUACUGAUCUUUUAAAGGAAGAAGCAUUUGAAAAAACUAGUAAAUUAGAAAUGGAAAUAUCUGAAUUGCGUCAACAGAUUGAAACCUCCGAAUCAAAUGUUAUCGAGCUACGGAAAAAAUUGCAAGAAGUUCUACAAGAAAAAACAUUCCUAGAAGAAAAAUUAGUCACUUUAACAACAUCUUCAGAGAAGCAAUUAUCUUCUGUGAAUGCAUCGAUGAUGGAAGUAACCGAUCUUUUGAAUAUCAGGAUACAAGAAGUGGCUGACUUGAAACAGGAACUUCAGAGACAAUAUGUAGAUCAUGAAGAUGCAAAGAUAAAGUUGCAGAGUGCUAUACAAGAUUUGAAUGAGGAGCUCAAUCAGAAGAAACAACAAUUAGAAGCUCUGAAGAAAUCUCUUAGUGAGAAAGAAAAUGAAUCUAUUCAAGAACAGAGUGUGGAAACUGUUAGUGUUCUCAUCAGUCAAGCUACCCAAGAAUUAGUACAAAAGCAUGCAAUAGAAAUUGAAGAAAAAGAAAAACAGAUACGAGAUCUUAAUGAAAGAUUAUCAGUGUUAGAAAUAGCUAUGAAUGAAUAUUCACUCAAAAAAGACAGUAAUCAAAAUCAGCUUGACGCUCAAGAACUGGAACUUUUAAAGCAGCAAUUGAUAGAGAAGGAGUCGACUUUGACAUUUGUCCAGACGAAUUUGACAUCAAUAAAAAACCAGUUUGAUAAAAAAGAAAUAGAGUUAUCUGAGAGUAAGGAAAAAGUUGAAAAAUUGUCAUUAGAGAACCAGAAAUAUUUGGAAACUGUUGAAAAACUACGUAAGCAUUUGAAUGAAUCUGAAGCAACAUCAAUCAGUGUUAAUGAAUAUAUAUUACAUAUUCAGAAUUUAAAGCAAGAAAUUCAAAACAUGAACGUUACUUUGAUAAUUAAAGAGUCAAUUUUGCAACAGUAUAUUCAAGAAAUCGCGGAACAAAAAUCACUUUUAGACAAUAAUAAAAUCGAAAUUGAUAAACUUCAUAUGGAAAUGCAAACAAUAGUAGAUUUAAAAAGUGAACUUCGAAGGAAAACAGAGCAGAUAGAUAGUUUGAAUUUGGAAUUAGAAGAGACUCGUAGGACGUUAGAAGAAAUUCGACAUAAUUUGAACGAGAAAAUAUCUCUGUUAGAAAAGAAUGAUCAGAUGUUAAAUCAGAAACAAAUGGAGAUUGAUAGAUUGUUAACUAUACAGCAGAAUCAAUGUUCUUCUAAUGGCUUGCCUAUUUUUAGAAUGGGUAAUGAUGAUGAAAAUCUACAGCGCAUAAUAGAUACCAUGCAAGUUGAAUUGGAAAACAAACAGGAGGAGAUUGAGCAUUUGAAAUACAUCCUAAAUGAAAAUACAUAUCCCAAUAUGAUUCAAGAAAUGCAACAGAGGAUUAAUUGUUUAUACAAUGAAAAAGUCGAACUAGAAUCUGCUUUGGAAGUAGCUAGUAUAAAAGUAGAAGAAAAAGAGAAACAAAUUGAUACUUUGAAACAACAAAUAGAAAUACGAAAUCAGGAAUCUAUCUCCAAGGAAGAAGCAAAUCCUCAUUCCAAAGAUCGAAGGUCAAUUCAAGAUCAAGAACAAAUUGUUACACUUCAGAAUGAGUUGUAUGCCAAGAAACAGGAAAUUAACGAGCUUAAAUAUAUCAUAGCUGAAAAAGACUCUCAAUUGUCUUUGCAAGUCAGCAUGGAGCCUCAGUCAGACGAGUUUGAACUACGUGAAACGGUGCAGAGAUUAACUUAUGAAUUAUAUGGUAAGGAACAGGAAGUUCAACAUCUGAAAUCAACAAUUGUUGAAUUGCAGAAAGAAAUUUCUCGUCUGCAAGAGUUUGAAAGGCUCUCUAAAGAAACUGUACAGAAAUUUAGCACAGAGAAAGAACAAGUUAGUUUACAGGCUCAAGAAUUUUUAGAGAAAAAACUAAAAAAAAAAGAAACAGAGAUUGAUGAAAUAAAGCAAAAGUUAGCUCAAGAGAAUCAAAAUGUUUUAGACGAACUACGAUUGAGGGGCAAGGAUAUUGAAAAUCUAACGAAGCAAUUGAAAGAAUUCUCUAUGACAGAACAAAUAUUGAGAAACGAAUUGCAUCAAAAGGAUGAAGAACUGAUCCGGGUAAAUUCAAAUUUGGCAGAAAAAGAACGCAGACUAGCUGAAUUGAGUAUCACCAAAGAUGCUGAGCUUCAUAAUUUGAAAAUUCAAAUUUAUGAGAAAGAAGAACGUAUAGAGGAACUUUUAGCAUUAUGUGACAAAGAACAAAAACAACUUAUCGAGCUCAAAAAUACUUUAGCAGCCAGAGAAACAGAAAUAAAUUCAUUAAAGACACUUUUAGAAGACAAAGUAAAAGAAUAUCAAUUAAUUCAAAAUGUUUUAAAGAAAGAUGUUCCUGUGAUUGAUACUUCUGCAGUCCGAAGCAUAGAGACUUCUAGCGAAGAAAGUAAAACUUCACAGGAACUAGAUGUUGCAUUGUAUAUGCUUCAUCAAAGAGAUAUCAGAUGUGAAGAAUUAACUCAUGAAUUGAUGCAGUUGUUGGAAGAACGUGAUACAUUACAAUUACGUCUCUCUAAUGCAAUUAGAGUGAACGAGGAGCUGAGAAAGAGUAGUUCAGUAAGUUCUGAUCUUAGUCCAAAAAGGGAAAUGUCCUCUUCUGGCAGUUUGGAACCAAUUGUAGAACAUCCUUCGCCAUCAAAGUCUGAGGGACCAAUCGAGAUAGCCAAGGAAGCUAUUGAUGCUCCAAUUGGUGAAGACAAGGAGUCUCUUGUCUCGAAGCUGUCACAGCUGCAAACAGUAAGCCACGCAAAAGAUGUGCGAUUGAGGGAUGAACGAGAGCUGAGGCACACACAGCAAAUGUCUUUGUUAGCGCACAAAGAUGUUCUAAGUACCUUGCCUCCUGAAGCAGCUGCCAGGCUCAUCAAUGCAAAUUAUACACUCUCACACCAAAGGUGGUACACAUGUGAUGGAAUAUUAAUGACGGUGAAGUGAAAUCCUUGCCUUCUGGAUACAUUCCUGCCAAGUGCCAACUGCCGAGACUAUUUCUGUAAUCAAAUUAAAUCGAAAGAAGAGAGCAAUUAAAAAUGUUUCGAUUAAUUCGAUUGGCAUUUUGUGAGAACGCCGUGGUUGUAAAAUAUGAUGCACGUAUUAGGAUUCAGCAGGAAACAUUAACUGCGUCGUGUUUCUCCUAAGGCUUCUGAAAUAAAGUCGUUCCUCUUCAGAAUAGAAGAGAAUAUGAGGAUACGACUUAAUUGUAUUAUAAUCGUUGUAUAGCUAUCGUGUUUAGAUAUAUUAUAAACGAAACAUUGCCUUGAAAAAAAAAAAAAAUAUAUAUUUCAGUUAUUAGCUCUGAAAUUGUUAAUAGUAUAACAUGUUUCUCGGAUAUCGAGUUCCGAUAUCUGAUGGAAAUAUAUUUGUUCCAAUGAUUACUCUUUAUAAUAUAUCUUUUAUAGUUUUUACAAAUUGUUUUGUUCAAACAUUAUGCGUUUUAUGCAAAUCCUCUGUAAUUUGGCAGUCAUUUAUCAACACACGAAUGUUUUUAGAUUCAACAUUAUUAUCAACUGAAUCGCAAGUAAAUUUUAAUAAAGUACUGGCAAAUCACACAAUGAUCGAAAUCUAAAAAGAUUUUACUCACCAAUGGAAGUGCUGUAUUUGUUGCUUUUUAACCAUGAUGAUUCGAACUUUCUAUUUCCACGAAAUUUUGUACAGAGACAGAAAAGCAUAAAUAAAUUAUAAAAUUAAAAUAUUUAUUCAUAAACGUGUUAUUGUUAGUCAUUGAUGUAAUUAGAUUUUAGUUAAUAUGUGUGUAUAUAUGUGUUUAAUCCCAUUAGUGUCAGCAGGUGUAAUUGUUUAUACUAUUCAGUGUGAAUAUUCUGUAAACAUUAAUUAUGAACUAUUUACAAAUGUUGCAAAUUAUUCCAUGGAUUUUUUCUGAAAGUACAACAAACUUGCUGAACAAGCGGUACUUCUGAGCUUAAAAUUUGUCUUUCAUUUUGUCACUGUUAUCCUAUUCAAUGAUAUAAUAUUUUUAUAUAUCAUACGGAUCACGUUUUACAUAGGAAAAUGAAGAACGAGAUGACACGAGGUAAAAAUUUUUAUGUGUGCUUUCAUUCAAUAUUCAUUUUGUGAAUUCACAAAUGAACAAAUAUCUCAUUUAGUUUAAUUAAAAUAUCUAAUAUUCAAGAUGAUACGCCGUGUGUAAUAAAUUUUUAUAGUAAUUAAGAGGUAGUACUCGUGUAUCUCGUUCUGUUAAUUUAUUCCUUCUUAUUUAAGCAUAUUAUUUCGUUAACAUUUUUGCUGUAGUUUAUACUGUAAAUGAUUUCUUCGUGAUUAUUCAGAUAUUUGGAAUUCUUCAAAUUCGUUGUUCGAGUCAGUUCUUCUACAUUUAAGAGCGAAUAACAUGAUUACUCCAACAACAAAAAGACCACAAAUAAUAGACAUUACUACAAUUGCCGAAUCGGAAUUAUGUUGAAACUCCUUAGCAUUUGUAUAAGUAAGUGCUAAUGGAUUAGGUUCGUCCCAACUGGUCCAAGUAUUAUUCCAAAGCAAUGGAUUCGCUCUGGGAUCUCCAUCCAAAUUACUAGGAGGUAUCACACUUAAUCUGUGCUUCAUAAGAAUCUUUUUCAACACGGCUAAAAUUACUGGUCUUUUUUCAGCAAGAUUCACCAUUUCACAGGGAUCAUUUCUUAUGUCAAAGAGACAUGGUGCUAUUACAGGUUCACAAGAAGUCUAUAAUGAAAUUACAGAUUAAUUUUUUAAAGCUGCAAAGCACAAGAUGGUUAUAAAACUUAUAACAAGUUACUUUUGUUAGUGAAAGUAAAGAAAAAGAAUGAAGAUAAAUACAUACUUAAUAUAACUACAAGUAACAAAAUGAUUUUUAUUUGAUUUUUUAUGCUAACCUUGUCUUUUUCUUUGAUGUUACAUUUUAUCUGUGCUUCUUUUCGCAUCUCAGAAAUAUCUUUGAUGGUAAGCGUCUUCUCUUGAAUUGGAGAAUUGGUCUUUGAAAUAAUAUCGUAUAUGGUUUUUACAUCUCUUUUUUUUCUUUCCUUUAGUUUCAUCGCUUUUCUAGCAGUAACAAUAGCGGAAAUAGCGAUACCCGUUUUGCUGUACAACACUUUGUAAGGGUCGUAUUGAGGGGAAGUGCCUUCGGAUGAAUUUCCACUUGCUCCAAGCCAGGCACUUCCAGUUUCUGUCUGGCCGAUAAUAUAUUUAAAAUCACCUCGUCUAAUAGCAGCAUAAUUACUGAGAUCAUCGAUAUUGAUCACUAUUUCGGACCUGGGACUAAUUUUGUCCGACACUAAAGCUGGCCAAAGAUCGAAUCCAUCGAUGUUUCCGAGUUGCUUCUUAUUCACUCCUAAAGAAUACAUUAAUUAUAUAUAAUCAAAUAAAUUUCGUUGUAUGAUUUUGCAACCAACCUGCUGCAGACAAAAGUGUAGGAAGCCAAUCGGACAUGAACAUCAUUUGAUUUGAAACUCUUUUAGUUUUUUUAAUCAAAGGACUCCAGAUGGCUGCAACUCCUCUUGUUCCACCUUCCCAUGGACUGUCCUUUAUCUGAAAAAUUUUCAGAGUUUUAACAGAGUUUAAGAUGUAGAAACACUUUAUGAAGAAUAUAUCGAAUAUUCACGCCUCGAAGAGGAUAAUUGCUGCCCUGAUUACUUAGUGUACCCUCAGUUGGUGCGCCAUUAUCGCUCAUGAAGACUACUAUACUGUUUUCCAACAUCUCGCGAUUUCUCAAUGCAUCUAUUACUUCGCCAACACUUUGAUCCAAUUUCGAUACAACGGCUAAAACCCGAGCUAUAUUGAUUAAUGGAUCAAGAAAUAUAUCAUUUCAUUUAAAAUUCAAAAUUACUUUGUUAUCUUCGAAGAUAUAAGAUAUCUAGAAAUCAAAACAUAUUCAUCUGAUUGACCUCUCACAUAAUAAAUUUCAUUUCAAACAUUUUCUUAUAAAAUCUAUAAACUAGUUAUUUCAGAAACAUUCUUAUUAACUUAUCCUAUAUGUAUAUU